AUGACAGGUACUGUCCUCAUUACCGGGGCGAACGGCUCCCUUGCGAUCCCCUUUAUAAAAUCCCUCUUGUCACAAUAUCCCUCAUACACGCUCAUCGGAACCGUCCGAAAUCAUGAUGCCGACAGUGAUCCUAACACGGCAAAUUUGAGGAAUCUGGUGUCGCAGUUUCCGCAAUGCAGCGUUAGUAUCUACAAACUAGACCUAAACUCCCUGUCCGAGGUGGACGAUUUUGCGGAGAAGCUGGCCGUCAUGAUCCAAAACAAAAAGUUUCCCCCUUUGACUGCUAUCAUUUGCAAUGCAUUCAGCUGGUCACUCUCCGGAAGCCAGAAGUAUUCCGUCGACGGCUACGAACGCACCUUCCAGGUUUCACAUCUAUCGCAUCAUCUCCUGGUACUGAAGUUAUUGAACAGCAUGAACCGCGAGAUAGGCCGAGUAAUCAUGUUGGGAUCUGUUACACAUGACCCUGAAAAGCCCAACCCUCUUUGCAAGCUUGAUGCCCAAUUACCAAGCGAGAUAGAUGAGCUGGUCUAUCCGACGCCGGAUAAACCAGGGGAGGAACACGAUAGGGGAUUCCAGCGGUAUGGAACUGCUAAAUUGGCGAACGUGAUGUUCAUGCAUGAACUCAAUGAGAGACUCAUAAAGGUGAGUCAUUGGGAGAAAGCUGUAAUCUACCAGGAAAGAAAGAGAGACACUGACAAGCUAAAGCAUCCAUUCCUCAACAACAUCACGGUGACCGCAAUGGACCCCGGUGGAUUGGUCGAUUCCCGUGCAAACAAGGAGCAGAAGCUCUUUGCCCAGUGUUUAAUGUUUACCAUGAAAAUGUUUAUUCCUUUUCUCAGAACAUUCACAACAGCCGUUCGCUCAUCGGAAGAUUCUGGGACGGAUCUCCUCCAGGUGGCUAUGGGACCGGAUUUCCACGGUAAAAGGGGGUACUUUGUGGGUCUAAUGCAGGCGGAGUCGGCCAUGGUAAGCAAAUGUCCCGAAAAUCGGGAGAGGCUUUGGAGGGCAUGUGGGCGUUGGUUGGGACUGAAUGAGGAAUAUGUGUGUUGGGAAUCAUGA